CACCCUGCUUGGUUCUCUCCACCGCCGCCGCCUACUCCGCCGCCCCCCUCCUCCCCUUCCCAGCCCUCUAACCACCGCCGUAGGACCUCUCCUCGCCGACCCUCUGCCCCCUCGGGCAUCCCAGCGGCGCGGCAAUGAAGCACCGCCGGCGGUCGAAGCAGCAGAAGCUCAACUCCUUACCUCCCCCUACACCCCCGGCCACCCGCGCUCCAUGUCCCAUGCCAAGGCCGAGCGCCAGCCCGAAAAGCCCUCCCCCCGCCACCCCUCCGCCGGAGCAGGGGCCGGAAGUGGUAGUCCCCGAGGACUGGGCCCUGGCCACCGACGCCAUCUCCUCCGAUCUCUCGUCUCCGGUCGUCCUCGUGUGCGGGCCCUCCAACAGCGGCAAGUCGACCUUCACCCGCCUCCUCCUCAACAAGCUGCUCCCGAGCUACGGGAGGGUCGGGUAUCUGGACACCGACGUGGGGCAGCCGGAGUUCUCGCCGCCGGGGUGCCUCUCCCUGCACAUCGUCGACGAAGCUAUCACAGAUAUGCGGAACCCGGUUCUGCGGGAGGCUGAUAGGUGCUGCUUCUACGGUGAUAUAUCUUCAAAAGGGGAUCCAGAAUCAUAUCUGAACUCUUUAUUUCUCUUGUAUACGUACUUCAUUGAGAAAUAUCGUUGUCCUGGGAGUGAAAUGCUUCCUUUGAUUGUUAACACUCCUGGAUGGGUGAAAGGUACUGGGUUUGAUAUGCUUGUAGAGAUGCUAAGGUAUAUCUGUCCCACGAUUGUUGUUCCGAUACGCACCAGAAUGCAGAGAAAGAAUCUCCCUGAUGGAAUGUUUUGGUUAACUGGUGGGGAAACAGAACCUAAAGUUAUUACAAUUGAUGCUGCAAGUCGUGAUUCCUUAUCCAAAUCAUCGCUAAAGCGGAAAGAUGGGGGUGGAAUGCGUGAACGGCGGCUUGUGGAGUACUUCAAACAAUGUUUCUCAAGUGACAUAUCACUAGCAACAAAUAAAGAGCUUGCUUAUGCCCUAGCGUCACUGCCACCCUAUGAAGUACCAUUUUCAGACGUUACAGUUAUGCAUCUUCAUUGCGAGGUACCCCGUACUGAGAUAUGGCAUAGUGUGAAUGCAACCAUAGUUGGCUUGGCAAGUAGUUGUGACACACCUGCGACCGCCCAUGCAGUUCCUUGGUGUGUUGGGCUUGGUAUUGUCAGAGGCGUCGAUGUGCAAAGAGGCCUGUUAUAUGUUAUCACUCCUGUUGAUGUUCAACAUCUUCAAAGCGUAGAUCUGCUGCUGCAGGGUCUCAUUGAGAUUCCGAGAUCUGUUCUGCAGGUGAAGGGAUGCGAGUCGCCGUACAUGUCCACCAAUGUGCGGGACAAGAUAACUGGGAAGGAUCUGUACGCGAGUAAUCUCAACAGCCCACUGUCCAGACAGGAUGACGGCGAUUCUGAUUCGGGCGCAGAUACCAUGUAAAACUUGCAACAUGUUCGUCUCUUCAUUUUCGUUGGAGAUGUAAUAUGGCGCUCGGUCGGCCUGACAUGUCGGGGACACAACAUAAAAUUUUGAUAGCGGACCAUCUUAUUUUGUGUACCCAGUGGUGAAAUUUUUGCUGGCUUCAAGAUUGAACUGAUUUUUCUGCUUUGUGGUAUGGCUGUGCCCUGAUACUUUGUAACAGAGGUCGGGGUACACAUUCCUGGCCAAGGAAAAAAAACUGAAAUCACGUUUA